AUGAGCAUUUUCCCAGAAUCCGAUAAGCCACAUGCGGUAUGCCUUCCAUUUCCAGCACAGGGUCACAUAACCCCUAUGCUCAAACUAGCCAUACUUCUUCACCACAGAGGUUUUUACAUAACCUUCGUCAACACCGAAUACAACCACCGCCGCCUGCAAAGAUCUGGAUCUGCCGGAAGUAACUCUCCUGACUUCCACUUCGAGACAAUGCCCGAUGGUCUCCCGGAGGCAGAUUCUGAUACAACCCAAAACAUCCCAUCUCUCUGUGAUUCCCUUAAAGAAAAUGGUUUAGCAGCAUUUCGCCAACUUCUGGUGAAGCUUAAUUCUUCACCUGAGGGCAUCCCGCCUGUGAUCUGUAUAGUUUCCGAUGCCAUAAUGUCAUUUGCUGUUGUAGCUGCCGAUGAAAUUGGUGUCCCAUGUGUGUGCUUCCGAACAACAAAUGCUUGCAGCUUCUUGUGCAAUAAAUACUUGCGAGUACUUAUGCAGAAAGGUCUCGUACCCCUCAAAGAUUCAUCUUACUUAUCAAAUGGAUACUUGGACACUACUGUAGAUUGUAUUCCAGGCCUGAAAAACGUAAGACUCAGGGAAUUUCCAACAUUUAUUCGGACAACAGAUAUAAAUGAUCCAAUGCUAAAUUUCUUUUUGGGAGAGACUGAAAGAACCUCAAAAGCAUCAGCCAUCAUUUUCAAUACUUUUGAUGCAUUGGAGGCUGAAGUUUUGAAUUCUCUCUCGCCCUUGUGUCCUCCGGUUUACGCCAUUGGCCCCCUCCACUUGUUCGUUGAUCAACUUCCAGAAACCAGUCUGAAAGUUAUCAGAGGUAACCUUUGGAAAGAAGCGACUGAGUGUCUGGAGUGGCUUAACUCAAAGGAACCAAACUCAGUAGUGUACUUGAAUUUCGGCAGCAUAACAGUCUUGACACCACAACAACUAGUUGAAUUCGCUUGGGGACUUGCAAAUAGUAAGAAAAACUUUGUUUGGAUAAUCAGGUCAGACAGCAUAGUUGGUGAUUCCUCUAAUUUGCCAUCUGAGUUCGUUGAAGAAACUGAAGAGAGAGGCCUCAUUGCAAGUUGGUGCCCACAAGAACAGGUGCUCAACCACCCGUCCAUCGGAGUUUUCCUAACGCAUUGUGGCUGGAACUCGACAAUUGAAAGCAUGUCUUAUGGCGUGCCGAUGAUCUGUUGGCCAUUCUUUGCUGAUCAGUUCAUUAAUUGUAGGUUUGCAUGUACGGAAUGGGGUGUUGGCUUGGAAAUUGAUGAAAAUGUCAAUAGAGUUGAAGUAGAGAAGAUUGUGAGAGAACUAAUUGAUGGAGAGAAAGGUAAGAAGAUGAAGAGUAAAGCAAUUGAGUGGAAGAAAGACGCUAAAGGAGCCACCGAAAUCAAUGGUUCAUCUUACUUGAACUUUGAUAAAUUAGUGAAGGUGCUGCUGUCCAAGAAGAACAGUAAUAUGAUGGCUUGA